UUGAAGAUUCUGAGGAUUUACCUCUGACUUGUUUAUUUUCUACACUUGUUCAAACUUAUAAAGAUACUAAACAAUUAAUUGAAUGUGAAACUAAAGAACGUCAAAAAAUUCGAAAUGCAAAUACAAAUACUAUUAGGGCCCGAAUUAAAUUAUUUGAACCAUAUUUUCCUGAAUUAAAUGCUUUUCAAAAUAAGUUAGAGAAAUAUAUAAUUUGUGAAAAGCACUAUAAUCAAAUUUUUGUGAAAGAUACUUAUUUAAACCAUUUAAAAAAUGGAUCGUCAUCUUAUCCAAGAAAGCGAAGUCGCAAUUUUAAUACCUUAAAUUUGAAUGAUAUACAAAUAGAACCUUCAACAACUAUCGAUAUUGGAAUUCAGGUAGAAGUAGAUAAUACGAAUAGUGAUCUUUUAAUGCAAAUCAGAAUUUUAAAAAAUUUUCUUAAUGUUCUUGCAACCGAAAAUUCUAAACAAUCACAAAUUAUUGAAAUUAAAAAUAAUAAAAUUUAUGAAUUAGAAUAUGAAUGCGAAUAUCUUAAAAAACAAAUUGCCGAUUUUAAUCUUAGAUUAGAAAGUUUAAAUUUAUAUAAAAAUAAUGUAGAAAUAUUAACAAAUGAAAAAAAUAAAUUAGAAAAUGAAAAUACAUACUUAAAAGAACAAUGGAAUGAACG